AUGACGACGGCAGAUUUACUGGUGCUGAUUUUCCAUGUUGUGAUAUAUUUCAUUUUCCGUUACUAUUUCUACACAUCGUUCCUGGAGUACACACCGGUAUGUCGCUUAAGUGAAGCCACGAACUACAUCCUGGUGGACUGCUCGGUGUGGCUGACGGUGGCCUUCACUGUGGACCGCUCUGUAGCAAUCUGUUACCCAAAGCUCAAGGCUCAGUACUGCACACUGAGAACUGCACAGUUGAUCACUGCCGCCCUGUGUGGGCUGAGCUGCCUGAAGAACAUAGCCGUAUACUUUAAGUUUGAACCUUACUACGUCAUAGACAAAGUGCCCAGAGGUUGUAGCACAAAACCCACCUACUACACGUAUCCAGGAUGGCAUGUGCUGGCAGCCAACAGGAAACGCAGGGCUCUGCUGGGACACAGCAGAAAGGAGGGCAGCAGUGACCCCGAGCUGCAGAGUCGGAGGAGAUCCAUUAUUUUGCUCUUCGCCAUCUCCGGGAGCUUUGUGCUGCUGUGGAUGCCAUACGUUGUCUUCUUCCUAUACUGCAGGAGCACAAACUCUGACUAUGAGCAACACCCAUUCACUCACCCGCUGCAGAUUGCUUCAUUCACUGUGGAUAUGUUCCAGUUGCUCAGUUCCGGCACUAACACUUGCAUUUACGCGUUGGCUCAGACGCGAUUCAGGGAGGAGUUAAUCAAUGCCGUUAAGUACCCAUUUAAAUGGAUCAUGAAUUUGUUUCGAAAAUAA